ACAGACGCACAAAAGCAGAAGAGCAACUUCCUGUGCAUGACGGCAACAGAAGCCGGGUUGUAGGGUAGGGUGGUAAAUGAGCACGGUAACUGGUUGGCGUUGCGUGCAAAGAAGUAAGAGAUUGAUGAGAGGGCGAGAGAUGCGGUCGCACAGGAAUGAAAUAAAGAAAGAGUGGCCGAGGUGAAAGAAACAUGUAGGAAAUGAACGAAAGGAAACUUUUCUCUCGCUUUAUCACAAAUCCACUUUAACUACACUCGUUCAUUCUCUUGAAGCUCGCUUAACUUGCAUUGGGCAACUUUAGUUUUGGUCACGUUCCUUCUCACGAGGCCAGGUUGAUGUGUGUAAGACAGAAGAGAAUGGAGAUUUACGAGGAGCACGCGAAGGCCGCACGGCUAUUUGUUAUUUUACGUUGCAAGAUGACUGACCCGACGACGUCGCCAGAGGAUCCCUGGAAAACAGAUGGUGCUUUCAGCGACAGUGGCUUUGACCCUAGUUUCUUUGCUGAAACUUCCAGAAAGGGUUCAGUUGUGUCCCGGGCCAACAGCAUCGGCUCAACAAGUGCCUCUUCAGUUCCAAAUACAGAUGAUGAAGACAGCGACUACAGACACGAGACGUCAUAUAAGGACUCGUAUAAAGAUCGGCGGAGACAAGCGCACACGCAAGCUGAGCAGAAGCGUCGGGAUGCCAUCAAGAAAGGCUACGAUGACCUCCAGUCCAUCGUCCCGACCUGCCAGCAGCAGUCUGAAUUCGCAGUGGGAGCUCAGAAGAUCAGCAAGGCCACUGUGCUGCAGAAAACAAUCGACUACAUCCAUUUUCUUCACAAAGAAAAGAAGAAGCAAGAGGAGGAAGCUUCUCUCCUCAGGAAAGAAGUGAUGGCGCUGAAGAUCAUGAAAACGAACUACGAGCACAUCGUGAAGGCCCACCAGAACAACCCGCAGCCGGGGGAGGAUGAGGUGUCCGACCAGGUCAAGUUCAACAUCUUUCAGAGCAUCAUGGACUCCCUGUUCCAGUCGUUCAGUAACUCCGUCUCAAUGAGCAGCUUCCAGGAGCUCUCCGCCUGCGUCUUCAGCUGGAUUGAGGAGCACUGCAAGCCACAGACGCUGAGGGUGUUCGUCGUCGGAGUGCUGCGGCAGCUCAAUGGUCAGCUUUAUUGAGUGAAACCUCUGGACUUAUUAACUCCCGUAAUUUGACUUUGGGUUUACUCUGGCCUCUGAGUGAAGUAAAAAAGAAUAAGAAACUUCAAUCAGCCUCAGGCCACGUCCCAGUAUUUACACUCACUUAAGCUCAUCAGUGAGUCCCUGGCUGCAAUCCCAAGCUCCCACUGUGGGGCGGAGAAGUGUUUGAGAAGGAUCACGUUCCGAUCGUAAGUGUGCGCAUUUCACCCUCAGCUGACUCUUUUUUUUCUUCUCAUAAUAUUGUUCAGCUCAGGAGUAAAAUACGUUCGUAAAUGUUUCAGGUACACAAAACCGUGUAGUGUGCGGCUAGUUGUGGUUGCAAUCUUUUAAGUUGCCCAUAAAUAAAUCCACUAACAGAUUUUAAACAGUUUAUUGAUCGUGUUGCUUCUGAAAUAUAUCGACCUCACUGAUGGAAAUAGAGACGGGUGAUGAACCUCUGCAGGGCGACGUCGUUCCUCCUCACUGCAAUCAGGAAGACGUUUAAAAAGCAAACUGUUCCGCAUUUUAUUGGGACAUGCAAUACGUAAUUAGCAGAAGUGGCGGCGACGCUGAAAUGCAGACAGCGUUCAGAUUUAGGGAUCAUUGUGUCUAUGUUUAUACAUUUGAUGAGAUUAUCAGAUUGCAGUUUAAUCUCUUUAAUAAACAUUUCAUAAAUUAAAUGUCUUUCGAAAUUUCAGUGGUUUUAAUGCCACCAUGAUUGAUGCUAUUUACUUUGGUCGUCGGUGGCUUUUAUGAUCAAUAGCAGUUCAUCCCAAAUAGUGCAUUAGUAUGAACAACUUUAAUUUAAUGUAACGUCAACCUAUUUAUAGAAAUAUAAAGAAUUAUUGUCUGGUUUAAUUCACCCCGAGUUAAAAGGAAGGAAGUCAAGUGCAGCAGAGAAAGACAAACAGAGCUGUAAAAUAUCUUUUAAUGAGUUCAGUUUGCACUUCAGCCUCAAAAGUCAUGAACGUUUUAAUAACUCUGAAGCAACACGGAAUGAUUUAAAGGAUGAUUAACAAGAGAAGGAAGAAAACAUGUCAACCCUCCUAUAAUACCUGAAGGUCACGAACAACAGUAAAUGAACAUAAAACAACAGCUCUCAAAGCCAUCAUGACUAAUCAUUGACAUUUUCAUCAAAGGUUGGAGGUGAAACGAUAAACCAAAGUUGCCUAAAAGGUGACAAACAUCCGCCAGUGUUGCCCGUUGUAGUGUUUGUGUCUUGUUUAAAUGUACUUUCAAUUACAGUGGAAGUUGUUUUUGCCAUUCAACUUGUAUUAAAGAUGUACCUUUUUGUUCAAGAGAAAAGCCAUAAAUAAAGAAUGUGCUGUGGCUCCGAUGUAUCAUCAACACUCAGCACUGAGGCUUCCAUCGACGACGAGGAUACACAAGUGUGUCCUCGUCCUCUCAAGUACUCGGAACAACCACCUUAGAGUCCUCAUCGGUCUCCACUCCGACCUCGUCCUGUGAGGGGAAACGCCACGUUACUGUGAACUAAACACAAUGAGUUUUACACGCUUGUUUCACUCACCAGGAACUGCUUUUUGCUCUUGGGAUACCCCUCCAGGAUUGAAUCCAUCAUGUCGGAAGCCUGAGGAAAAAAAACAAAGCACUAAACCGUUUAAGAAUGCAGUGGCAACAGCGUUUGUCUUUGUACAACAACAACAACAACAACAACAACAACGGAGUCUAACAAGUCUACAAAUCGACUCAUCUUUUGUCUGCUUGUAAAACUCGUACUGUUGAUCUUUAUUUAUUUAAUUAAACUUAAGUGUGAAAUGUGGCAGUAGACGGGAUACAGUUGUAUGGCCCUCAUUUAAGUGUGUUUGACACCUUUAUUAUUAUUAUUAUUUGUGUUGGUUUAUCUGUGGAUGUAUUUCCUCAUAUUGUUGAGUCAAAUGUUGGCUUUAAGUCAGAAAAUGCUUUUCACGAAGAAGCCAAAGUCUUCUUUUUUUCUGACUUAACAGUCCAAAACCAUAAGCUAUUUAAUUUAUUUAUAAAACUGCAAAACGUCACAUUUGAGAAGCUGGAACCAGAAAAUGAUGUCAUUUUUCCUUAAAAACAUUAUCAAUGGAUUAUAAAAAUAGUUUGUCAGUCAACUAAUCAAUGCAGCUUUAAAUACAUUACCAAUCUCUUCCUCUUUUUCCACUCUUUCACGUAAACAUUACGGUCUCUGUAAACCUGUAAAUAAAGAUAGGAUUAUUGUA